AUGCCUCGGGGGCAGAAGAGUAAGCUCCGUGCUCGUGAGAAACGCCGGCAGGCCAGGGGUGAGACUCAGCAUCUCCGAGAUGCUCAGGCCACCGCAGCAGAGGGAGAAGAAUCCCCCUCCCCUCCCCCUGGUGAUAAUCUCCAGAGCUCCCCUGCUUAUGGGUCAGGUAGAAAAUCCCAGGGGUCUCGGAAAGCCCCAUCCACUACCACUACUUCUGCAGGUGUUUCAUGCACAAGAUCUGAUGAAGGUGCCAAGAGCCAUGAUGAAGAACAACCAGGCACCUCCCUGGCAAUGCCCAGCACUGAUUAUUCCUGCAGAAGCCCUCUGGACCAGAAGGCAAUUCUUUUGGUGCAAUUCCUGCUGCGCAAGUAUAACAUGAGAGAGCCCAUUACAAAGAAAGAUAUGAUGAAGCAUGUCAUCAAAAGGUACAAGGAGCACUUCCAUGAGAUCCUCAGGAAAGCCUCUGAGCUGAUGGUGCUGGCCUUUGGCAUUGAUGUGAAGGAAGUUGACCCCACUAGGCACUGCUAUGUUCUUAUCAGCAAAUUUCAGCGCACCAGUGAUGAGAGGCUGAGGGGUGAGGAGAUCAUGCCCAAGACUGGUCUCCUUAUGACCAUUCUCUGUGUGAUCUUCAUGAAAAGCAACUGCGCCACUGAGGAGGAGAUCUGGGAAGUACUCAAUGUGAUGGGGAUAUAUGCUGGAAAGAACCAUUUCAUCUAUGGGGAGCCCAAAAAGCUCAUCACCAAAGAUUUGGUGCAGGAAAGGUACCUGGUGUACCGCCAAGUGGCCAACAGUAAUCCUCCUCGCUAUGAGUUCCUGUGGGGCCCAAGAGCCCACGCUGAAACCAGCAAGAUGAAAGUCCUUGAGUUCUUGGCCAAGAUUCAUGAUACAGUCCCCAGUGCCUUCCCUUCCUGGUAUGAAGAGGCUUUGAGAGAUGAGGAAAUGAGAGCCCGAGCCAGAUUUGCAGCUAUGGUUCGCACUGGUGCCCUGGCCAAUAUGCAUUCUGGGGCCAAUUUCUAA